CCUUCCAACCACACCAGCUCCAGCUCAUCGUCUUUCAGCCUUAUGGGCAUCCCAGGGCUGGAAGCUUCCCAUGUCUGGAUGGGAAUCCCUUUCUGUUCAAUGUACAUCAUUGCGCUGCUAGGAAACAGCAUAAUUCUGAUUAUUGUCAGGUUAGAUCAGACCCUCCAUGAACCCAUGUACUAUUUCCUGUGCAUGCUCGCGGCCAUCGAUUUAGUCAUGACUACUUCCAUCGUUCCCAAGAUGCUCGGCAUAUUCUGGCUGAACUCGAUGGAGAUUGCUUUCGAUGCCUGUUUCACGCAGAUGUUCUUCGUUCAUUCCAUCACAGCUGCGGAAUCAGGGGUGCUCUUGGCAAUGGCCUUUGACAGAUAUGUCGCCAUCUGUUACCCUCUGAGGUACCAGGCCAUCUUAACGCGCCAAAAGGUGACACAGAUAGGCCUGGCCAUUCUGCUGAGAGCUGGCCUUGUCAUGACUCCGGUCACCUGGAUGAUGAAGCGCUUACCCUACUGCGGCUCCAACGUGAUUGCCCAUUCGUACUGCGAGCACAUGGCUGUGGUGAAGCUGGCCUGCGCAGAUCCCCGAGCCAUCAGUCAGUACUGCGUGGUUGGGCCCACGCUCCUCGUCGGGACUGACACAGCCUUCAUCUCCGUGUCUUACGGAAUGAUCCUUCGAGCUGUCCUGCGGCUUGCCGAGAAGGAAGCGCGCCUCAAGGCCAUUGGCACCUGCGGAUCCCACCUCUGCGUGAUGCUGCUCUAUUAUCUUCCAGGGAUGGCUUCCAUAUACACACAGAGCUUUGGCCAGGGGGUGGCUCGCUGGACUCAGGUUCUGCUGGCCGACCUCUACCUCACCCUUCCCCCCAUGCUAAACCCGGUCAUUUACAGCAUGAGGACAAAGCAGGUGCAGGACGCAGUGCUGAAGGUCUUUGGGCCCAAGAAGGAUCCGGUCUAA